ACUGAGCUCACUUCCGUGUAUUCUUUAUUCGAUGGGUCGCAUGCUUCCCGUCUUCAUUUUGACCAGGCAACGCGCAGCGCUCAUCCGCCCUCGUCAGUGGCUGUGCGGUAUAGCAGCGAGAGCGCUACAUGCGAAGCAGCGACAUUUAUCUGCGCGAAGAAGUGGAUAUUUACACACUGCUUACAUAACUGGGACUAUUUCUACUUCUGUUAUUUUUUUCUUUUUCUAGCCACUCAAAGCUUGUUUUUAAUUGCACGUUUGUUCACAUUUUGCAUUACUAACUGAUUUAAACUCAAAAUGGAGAAUCAAGAAAGCAAGUAUCUCCCCGAGCUUCUCGCAGAGAAGGACAGUAUGGAUGUUUCGUUUACGCACGCGAUGAAACUUUUAUCUGCAGAAAUCGAGAGAAUCCAGAAAGGUGAGCCCAAAAAGGAGGGAGGAGACACGUACCUGGACCUCUUCACUGUCAAGAAUAUCAAACUGAAGGAACGUGUGCUCAUACCUGUCAAACAGUAUCCAAGGUUCAACUUUGUGGGAAAGAUUCUUGGCCCUCAGGGCAACACAAUCAAACGCCUUCAGGAGGAGACUGGGGCCAAGAUCUCUGUACUGGGCAAAGGUUCCAUGAGGGACAAAGCCAAGGAGGAGGGCCUGAGGAAAGGUGGCGAGCCCAAGUACGCGCACCUGUCUAUGGAGCUGCAUGUCUUCAUCGAGGUGUUCGCCCCCGUGCCCGAGGCCUACCUACGCAUGGCACACGCCAUGGAGGAAGUCAAGAAGUUCCUCUUUCCUGACAUGAUGGAUGACAUCUGUCAGGAACAGUUCAUGGAGAUGGGUUAUCUGAAUGGGGGCCAGGAGCACGGGCCAGGGGCCCCACGAGGCAGAGGACCACCGGGCCCUAGGGGCCGAGGAGGGCCACCGGGACAACAAGGGGCACCCAGGGGUAGGGGUAUGCCCCAACGUGGAGGUGCCACCAGGGGAGGUCCAGCCAGAGGCGGGGUAGCGAGGGGGGCACCAGCAGGAAGAGGGGGACAUCCAGCAACCCCCGCCAGAGGGGCAGCAGCGCCACGAACCAGACCCCCUGCCCCUGGGGGGCCACCGAGGAUGCCCCCUCCACCCCCCCACCAACACCAACAUGCCCCAGCACCUGAACAAUAUGAGGAAUAUGCCUAUGAUGAGAGCUACACUGAGCCAGCGUAUGAGUCGUACGACAGUUACUACAGUCAGCCACAGGCAGAACCAGAGUACUAUGACUAUGGCCAUAGAGAGGAACAGGGAGCAUAUGAGCCCUACGAACAGGACGACUGGAACGGGACCCAGAGAGCGGCACCGGAGGGAAAGGCCCCUCCUGCCAGGACGGCUAAGGGCCCUUACCGAGAACACCCCUAUAGACAAUACUGAACUCACCAUGACAACGCCUAGCGACCAACGCUACCACCGUUAACGCGUUGCCCCGACAACCAACCACCAACCUGUCUACCACGCCAGCUCUCGCUCUAAGCAACCCUCGACAAAAGUAAUUGUCCGUUUUGUUUUUGUUUUUGGAAUUUUCUACUACGCUGGACUUUUACGAGCAGAAAAUCAGGAUCUUAACUGAUCGAAGCUGAUUUGAUAUUUAAUUCAGAGCAACCUUAAAGCGUUUUUUUUGGGGGGUUUGAAGUUUUAGUUGAUUUCUGUUUUUCUCUCUGACCCUGUCUCUCCCUCUGCUUUUUUUGCACUGUUGACCGUAAACAUUUUCUUAAUUGUUUGGAUUUAAACUCACUUCUAGUGUAGUUAGACUGCUUAUCAAAUUGUUAUCGUCUUAAAGGGAAAUUUCAAAAAUGUUCAACUUCAUAUUCAUAAUCUCCAGCACAACAUCAACAUGUGAAAAUGGAGCGUUUCUAUGUUUUGUAGUAAAAAAAGAUAAGAGGGAGAUGAGCGUUUCUGAUGACAUCAUCGGUGUGCAUCAUGUGAUUUUUUUAACCAAUUAUGAUGUAAUUGGAAAACACUUAUCUUUGUUAAUACAAAACAUAGAAACGCUCCAUUUUCACAUAUUGAUGUUUUGGUGGUGCUGCAGAUGAGGAAUGUGAAGUAGAACAUUUUCAAAUUUUUAUUUUUAAGAAAACCAUUUAAUUAUUUUGUUUAAAAAAUCUAAUUUGAGGGACAGUUGCAGAUUCCCAUUUUGGCUACAUUUCAAAAUUCUGUUUUAAUAUAGCGAAGUAAAAUAAACUUAAACGCUGUUUCAAUUAUGUAAUAUAAACCAAACAAAAACAAAGUCAAAGGAAACAGUAAAAACAAACAAAUGUUAAUGGAAUUUGAUUUAGUAUUCCCAUUUGUUUUAAAUAGUCUUUAAUUAAAAGUUGUCAAUUUAGACUUAAGCAGCAGCGAUUUUAUAUAAUGAUAUUUUGUCAUUGUACAUUUUAGAGUUUUGAAAUAUAGCCCUAAUAGCCACUGUUGAGAUGGACUGUCCUCACAUACUUCAUUUUGUUUUAUUAAAGGUGUUCAACAGUAAGUUCAUUUUUAUUAUGUCUCUACAGUCGAUGUCUUUUUAUAAGUAGAAUAUGGCCUCAGAUCGGCCUCAUGUCAUGAUAAAUAGUAUCACGUGUCAGUACAGGAUCUUAUUGGUUGAAUCUGAAUCUAUAAACUGCAUGUAAAAAAAAAUAACGACGCAAUGAAGGAUUGGGACCAAAAAAAAUCUUCACAUGGAGGGAUCCUGCAGCUUUUCAAAUCUGAUCUCUCGUCCAAACUGCACAUCCACUAUUCUGCCACUGGUAUAUGUACCCUCCACAUUAAAAUGCAUUAUGCUCCAUGUGUAAAGCUUGCCUAAAUAGGUAACUACUAAAUCUGUCCCAAAAAAAAUAAAAUGUUUUGCAGCAGUUUGUCAAUAAAGACUAGUUUGUUUUUCUAUGAAACUUCCGUAACUUGGUUUAUUUAUUUUUUUCCUGUCCUAGUAACAUUUGAAAUGCCAUUUUUAAAUAGCAUUUAACAGCCUGG